AUGUCGGCCAACAUCCCCACCAACUCUCAAUCGCCCUCGGCUAUCCACGCGAACAACCUCACCACGCAUCAGCGGUUGCAAAUUCUCUUUCAUCUGGUCGACGAGACCGUAGAGAGCUCCCAUAGCAUCGAGAAAACGCGCGCGCAGCUCGUGAAGAUAUUGAGCAAGCUCGAUGCCAAGGCGAACAGCGCUCGCGACGCUGCGACCUACAAGGACAUCAUCACGGAGCGUAGCGAAGUGAUGACCAUGCUCAACCAGUCAGCUCUGGACCGCGAAAGAAACAAUAAGUCUUUGGGGGAGAUAGAACAUGCGUGGCAGUUGACGUUCGCGCAGGCGCAGGAGGAGAUCGAUGAGGAAGACCUGAAGAAGGCGGGGGAAUACAGAGUGGUGAUAGAGAAGUUGAAGUUCUUUGAGGUUGAUCUAUACCGGGAAGCCUGCUCUCGAUGA